UAGAGAGGGAAAAAAAUGCAAAGCAGGGGAGGGUGUUGCAUAGUGAGAUAUGCAGCCGCUGGCCAUGGGGUUUAUGAUAUGUCGAAAGUGGACCGGAUAAUGCUCCGGUUCCGUCCGAUCGCUCCCAAACCGGCGAUCGCCGGGUCUGUUUCCCCUCAGGGAAGCGGUGAGGUUUGUUCCAAGUCAGGGAGGGGGAAGAGAAGGUCCUGUAAAGAAAGUUGUACUAUGAGUAAUACCAAGUGGUGCAACAAGAAAAGAAGGGUUUUGAACGAGGAAAAAAGGGUUACUUUGCCGCUUCUUCCCGAAACGCCUGACUGCAAAGAUUCUGGUCUGAGUCAGGAAAAGGGAGGAGUAAUCCAAAAGACGAUGCCUUUUUGGUUAAGCUUCGGUGUUCCUGACGAGCAGGCGGUGGUGGUGCCGCCGCAGAUCGUGAGGGUGGGGUCGUGCGUGACGGUCGAAGGCCUGACGGAUACUUGGGUGAGUGGAGAUGUGCUAGGGAGAACAGACGAGGAAAAGAAAAUUAAUCUGGGGAGGGACACGUGUCCAGGGUUUAUAUCGGAUGGUAUGGGGAGGGUGACGUGGACAAACGCAGCGUAUAAAGAAAUGGUCGGAGGGGAAACGAUGGUGUGGCUGGCGAUGAAGGAGAGGCUGCCGUUGAUGAUAACGUACCCGGCGUUCACAUGCAAGGUGAGGGUGCAUUACACAUGCGGGAAAGAGCGAAGCUCCCUGACGUUGCCUUGUGACGUUUGGCUAAUGGACGGCGGCGGCUUUGCAUGGAGGCUGGAUAUCGACGCCGCUCUCUGCCUGGGCCGAUGAGAUGGGGAAUCCUUGUAUUCUAAUGCGUGACCGACA